AUGGAGGCGAAGAAGAAGGUCUUCUUCCAGGUUUUGCUGUUGAGAAUUCGGGCUCCUGACAUUCCUCGGAACGCCUGGAGCCGGGAAGACUUACUCAGAGUAGAGGAGGAUCAGGAGCAGUAUAAAAGCGGGCCCUUCUCCUCCCUCUCUCAUCCACUCCUCUCGCCUCCACCUCCUUGGAACAAGGUGCACCUGCGGCCCCGAGACAUGUCCUGCUACAGCCAGUGCCUGCCAUGCCAGCCCUGCGGCCCGACCCCGCUGGCCAACAGCUGCAAUGAGCCCUGUGUCAGGCAGUGCCAGGACUCCACCGUCGUCAUCCAGCCCUCCCCCGUGGUGGUCACCCUGCCCGGCCCCAUCCUCAGCUCCUUCCCGCAGAGCACCGCCGUGGGAUCCUCCACCUCCGCUGCCGUUGGCAGCAUCCUCAGCUCUGAGGGAGUGCCCAUCUCCUCCGGGGGCUUUGGCCUCUCCGGCUUGGGCGGCCGCCUCUGCGGCAGGAGGUGUCUCCCCUGCUAA